GCGCUCGAGGCAGUUCUCUGACGUAUUUCCGUAGCGCCAGGGAAGAGGGAAGUCGUGGUGGUCGCGGGGAAGCGGGGAAGAUGGUGGUCACCAGAUCUGCACGGGCUAAGGCCGGCAUCCACGCCGCGUCGGCUGAAAGUUCCGGGCAGAAGAGUUCUGCUGCUAAUGAGAUUGAAGCACAUCCAGAAAGUAGUACUGGAUCUGAUGACCGAACUACUGCUGAGUCACAGACCACUGGGAAACAAAGCUCAAUCCCUAGAACUCCUAAAACUACAAAGAGAAAGAGCAGAACUACAGGCUUACUACCAGAGGGGACUGAACCAUUUACAGAUGGUGAGACCUCCGAGGCAGAGUCAAAUUAUUCUUAUGUGUCUGAGCACCAUGAUACCAUUUUAAGAGUAACUAGGAGAAGACAGAUCUUAAUUGCAUGCCCCCCAGUGUCCGGUGUUAGGAAAAAGCUGAAAGUAACUCCAACAAAGGAGCCUUAUACUGAGGAAGUAGUCUCUGAAGCAGAAUCUCAUGAUUCAGGUAUUUCUAGAAUUGUGCUUCCCACAGAAGAAACGAUAGGAACUAGAAGAAGUAAAGCUAAAUCUCUGACAGAUCCAAGCCAAGAAUCUCAUACAGAAGCUUUAUCUGAUACUGAGAUAUCAAGCUUAGACAUUUCAUACUCUGGAAUUGCAACUAGGAGAACAACCAGGAGUAUGCAGAGGAAAUUUAAGGCACGCACUGAAAAGAAAGAUAUUAAGAUUGUACCAGGAAAUGAGAAACAGAUCAUGGGAACACCUGUGAAUUCAGAAGAUUCAGAUACCAGACAUACUUCCCAUUUACAAGCAAGAUCUCUUUCUGAGAUAAAUAAGCCAAAUUUCUGUAAUAAUGACUUUGAUGAUAAUUUCUUCCACAGAAGUUCAGAAAAUAAACUAACAGUGCAAGAACAGGCCAAUGUUGAAUCUGUUAAAGAAGUAAAACAGAAUUGUAAGGAUUUGGAUGAAGAUGCCAAUGGAAUAAUAGAUGAGGGGAAAGAAAUUAAUGAGAAAAGUUCUCAGCUGAAGAAUUUUUCCGAACUUCAAGACACUAGCCUUCAACAGUUAGUUUCUCAGAGACAUUCAACCCCCCAAAAUAAAAAUGCUGUAUCGGUGCACUCUAAUCUGAACUCUGAGGCGGUAAUGAAAUCAUUAACUCAAACAUUUGCAAUUGUAGAAGUAGGCAGAUGGAAUGACAAGAAAAAGAGCCCCCCAAAAGCAAGUGACCUGAUAAAGUUUGGUGAUUGUGGUGGUAGCGAUGAUGAAGAAGAAUCCACAGUUAUAAGUGUCAGUGAAAACAUGAACAAUGAAAGGAAUGUAGAUUUUGAAUGUGAUACCACACUAUAUACCUCUAGACCUAACACAUCUCAGGAUAAAGAUAAUUCUGUCUUAUUAGUUCUCAGCAGUGAUGAAAGCCAACAGUCUGAAAAUAGUGAGAAUGAAGAGGAUACUUUAUGUUUUGUUGAAAAUAGUGGCCAAAAAGAGUCAUUAAGUGGAAACACGGGAAGUAUGUCAUGUGACAAUGCAUUGUUUAUAAUUGACACAACUCCUGGAAUGAGUGCUGAUAAAAAUUUUUACCUGGAAGAGAAAGACAAGGCAAGUGAGGUUGCCAUUGAGGAAGAAGAGGAAGAGGAUGAAAAAAGUGAAGAACAAUCAUCAGACCGUGAUGAAAAUGAAGGUGAAUUUAGUGAUGAAGAAGACUUACUAAAUAACACAAAAGCUAAACUUCUAAAGUUGACAAGCAGCAGCAUAGACCCUGGUCUGAGUAUCAAGCAGUUGGGUGGUUUGUAUAUUAAUUUCAAUGCAGAUAAACUACAGUCUAACAAGAGGACCCUAACACAGAUCAAGGAGAAAAAGAAAAAUGAGCUUCUGCAGAAAGCCGUCAUUACACCUGAUUUUGAAAAAAACUACUGUGUUCCACCAUAUAGUGAAUCAAAGUAUCACCUUCAGAAAAAACGCAGAAAAGAACGACAAAAAACGGCAGGGGAUGGCUGGUUUGGUAUGAAAGCUCCAGAAAUGACAGAUGAACUGAAAAAUGAUCUUAAAGCACUGAAGAUGAGAGCCAGCAUGGACCCGAAAAGAUUUUACAAGAAAAAUGAUAGAGAUGGCUUCCCCAAGUACUUCCAGAUUGGAACCAUUGUUGACAAUCCAGCUGAUUUCUACCAUUCAAGAAUCCCCAAGAAGCAAAGGAAAAGAACUAUUGUGGAAGAACUGCUGGCUGAUUCUGAGUUCAGAAGAUACAACCGAAGGAAGUACUCAGAGAUCAUGGCUGAAAAAGCAGCAAAUGCGGCAGGAAAAAGGUUCCGAAAGAAGAAGAAAUUUCGCAAUUAAGAUUUGCCAUGCAAACUGCAACAUUUUACAUCGCUCCUUUAUUUACUUAAGACUUUUG